CGCGCACACAAAAAAAUACCGACACGCAUGCACGCAAGUACCAUUCAUCUGCUCGCAGACGGCCCGGCCUCUUUUGAGUGGAACAUUCGUGUCGCUUUUUCACUCUUUUAGUCUGUGUUUGUGUGCGUGCCGUGCGUGUUCACUCCACCGCUCAUUUCUUGUUUGCACGCGUGAGUGCGCGCGUGUGCGUGUGGGCUACAGCUGAGAGCAUGCACGGCAACGACGAGCGGCACCGAGACUCUACCACGACUGGAGCAAAAUGGACCGGCCGGCACCGCUUAUUCCAGCGAUGCACUUUGUUUUCUUUCCUGCUGUUGCUGUUGUUCAGCGUGGACGUGACGUGGAGCGCCGCGGAGCCUCUGGACUCCGAUGACUUUGCCUUCUUCCACGUGGGUACCCAAGGGUGCCUGGGAGUGCGUUCGCGCUCCCUGGUCUUGUCCGUCUCCUGCCAUGAGGCCGACCAACGCUGGAAGUGGGUGUCCAGAGGCCGCCUCUUCAACUUGGGCUCCUCGCUGUGCCUGGGCGUGAACGACGGCAACGCCUCUUCGACUUUGAGCGUGUACACGUGCGACCGCCAGCCCCCCGAGGUGCGCUGGACGUGGAGCUGCGACCGAGUGCUGGAUGACCUCGGCGACUACCUACCCUGGCCCUCUUAUUACAACCUUUCCACGCCUUCCCCGACCAAAUCCAAAUCCAAAUGGAUCAUGCAGGGCAGCGAGAGAGACCUGUGCGCCAAGACAUAUCGCGAGAUCUACACCAUCCAGGGCAACUCCAACGGGCGCCCGUGCCACCUGCCCUUCCUGUACGACGGCCAAUGGUUCCACAACUGCACCGGCAUCGGGCGCGAGGACGGCCACCUGUGGUGCGCCACCACCUACGACUACGGCCGAGAUGAGCUCUGGGGCUUCUGUCCCGUCAACGGCGGCGGCUGCGAAACCUUCUGGGACACGGACCCGCUGACCGACAGCUGCUACCAGUUCAACUUCCAGGCCUCGCUGACGUGGGACGAGGCCCGCGUCAGUUGCCGGCAACAGGGCGCCGAUCUGCUCAGUGUCACCAAGCUGCACGAGCAGACCUACAUCAACGGCCUGUUGUCCGGCUACAGCGCCUCCUUGUGGACGGGCCUCAACGGCCUGGACAUUAACGGCGGCUGGCAGUGGGCCGACUCGUCGCCGCUUAACUACCUCAACUGGGAGCAAGACCAACCCAACCACGAAGAAGAGAACAACUGCGUGGUGAUCAGGACCGAGUCGUCCGGUCGUUGGCAAAACCGUGAUUGUUCCCAAACUCUUCCGUACGUCUGCAAGAAGAGGCCCAACGCCACCCUGGACCCUUUCACGACAGACUCGUGGGCGGACGAUGACAAGUACGAGUGCGAAGUGGGCUGGCAGGUCUUCCAGGCGGGCUGCUACAAACUGGUGACGGAAAAAGGAGACUGGGACGCCGGGCUCAGGGCGUGUCAGAAGAUGGGCGCCAACCUGGUCAGCAUUCACACGUUGCCCGAGAUGGAGUUCAUCCUGCGCAACGUUAAGAAAGACACGGAGCAGCUUUGGCUGGGCCUCCACGACAUCGUCAUGCAGAUGGACUUCCAUUGGAGCGACCACACGCCCGUCAUCUUCACCCACUGGCACCCCUUCGAACCCAACAACUUCCGCAACACUCCUGAAGACUGCGUGUCCAUGUGGGGACCCGAAGGCCGCUGGGACGACAACCCGUGUAACCUGACUCUGCCCGCCAUCUGCAAGAAGGCCGCCACCAAGAGCGAAGGCAAACCUCAGCAUCAAGACUGCAAACAAGGCUGGAAGUGGCACAGUCCAUCUUGCUACUGGGUCUCAGAGGAUUUGCUGACGUUUGAUGAGGCGAGGAAGUCCUGUGAAGAAAACGCUGCGUCGCUCCUUACUAUUACCAACAGGUUCGAGCAAGCCUUCGCCAACAACCUGUUGUUCGGUCGUUCCGACGAUUCCUUCUGGAUCGGCCUGCACGACCGGGGCAGCCCCGGCUCUUUCCGUUGGCAGAGCGGGGACCGGGUGUCCUACACCAAUUGGAACCGAGACCAGCCAGUCGGCGUCCGCGGAGGCUGCGUCACCAUGGCGACCGGCUCGGCGACCGGCCUUUGGGAGGUGAGGGAGUGCGCCACGUCUAAGGCCAAAUACAUAUGCCGGCAGAACCGGGACGCCGUUCUGGGGCCCGAACCCACCGCUUCCCUUCCUCGGCCGACACCCAGCCUCACCGGUUCCUGUCCCGAUAGCUGGAAGAGCAACAGCAACCUGCGCUACUGCUAUAAGGUGUUUCACUCUUCGCAACUGGAUCAGAAAAUGAACUGGUUGCAAGCUCACUUGUUCUGCCGCAAACACGGCGCCGAUCUACUGAGCAUCGGCAGCCCCGACGAGGAACAUUUUGUACUCCAAGUCCUACACGAAGCCUUUGGAGAGUCCGAGGACCAUGAGCAGCACUGGUUUUGGAUCGGGCUGAACCGCAGGAACCCGAUGGAUAACGGCAGCUGGAAGUGGAGCGACGGACUGGCUGUGACAUACCAGAACUUUGGUCGGUACUACUACAAUGUCAGGCAGUGCGCUGCAGCAGACUUGGGCUCCAUGACCUGGCUGGCCAUGCGCUGCGACUCUGAAUUGGACUGGAUCUGCAAGAUACCUCGAGGCAGCGUUGAGAAGGAACCAGAAGCCGCUGAAGGCACCUCCUCUCCGGAAUGGAUCGGCUUCCAGGAGGCCGAGUACAAGUUUUUUGACCACCGUACCACGUGGGACCAAGCCCAGAGGAUUUGCUCCUGGUUUGAUUCCUCUUUGGCGUCCGUCCACUCGGCGCAGGAGGAGAAAUUCCUGGCUGCCACGGUCACCCAGAUGAUAAAGGUGGAGGGCGACAACUGGUGGCUGGGACUUCAUACUUACGACAACGACGGACGCUUUCGUUGGUCUGACCGCUCCGUGCUCAACUAUGUGUCUUGGUCCACCGGCAGGCCGCGCCCCCUCAGUCGCGACCGGAGAUGCGUUCACUUGAUCGCCAACAAAGCUGAGUGGGCUGAGGAGAAGUGCCCCUCCGACCUGCCGUAUAUCUGCAAGAGGGUGAACGUCACUGGUACCGCUCCCCCGACGCCAUCGGCCCCGCACUCGCCAUCAGGUUGCCCUGACGGCUGGGCGUCGUAUCAGCGCAAGUGCUUUCGAGUGCUCGAGCUGCAGUCUCAGCGAGCCACGUGGUCUGCGGCCAAAAUCAAAUGUGAACUGCAAGGCGGCGUCCUGGCCGUGUUGUCCAAUCAUCUGGAGCAAGCCUUCGUCACCACGCUGCUGUCCAACGCCAGCGUGGACGUGUGGAUCGGCCUCAGUUCCGACGAUAAAGGUCACUUCCGAUGGGCGCAACCGGGCCUCCUGAGCUAUACCAAUUGGGCUCCGGGACAGCCCGUCGACAAUAACGGGCCGCACCACCAAAAGAAUCCGGGAAACUGCGUGGCCGCGAUUCACGGAAACCCGGAGAAGCAUAAGGGCAUGUGGGCCUCCCGGGCCUGUGAGACGGACAGCAUCGGCUACCUCUGUCAGAGGCAACAAGAUCCAGGUAUACCCCCGGCGCCCGCCAUGAUUCCCGCCUCCCCGUCCAAGCGCCUGGAGCUAGGCGGCGUCACGUACCAGGUGGUGCAGAAGCGACUGGACUGGAACGGUGCCCUGCACCUGUGUAACUCUUUGAACAUGACAUUGGCGGCGCCCAAAGAUCCCGUACAGCAGGCGUACCUGACGUUGCUCAUCAACAGCUUGCGACGUCCGGCGUGGAUCGCUCUCUACAACUACGGGGGGCGAAGCUACACAUGGCUGGGUGAGGAAGACUUGCCCUAUUCCAACUGGGUAGACGGGCAGCCCAAUACGCUGUCGGGCUGCGGUCACAUGACCCCCACCGGCCUAUGGACCAUGGCCCCCUGCGGCCACAAACUGGAUGCCGCCAUCUGUCAAAUUAGCGACAUGCCUACGAGUCACCAGUGGACCUACCCUGGAAGUUGCCCUCGUUCUGUGGGCGACUGGGCGUGGGUGUCCUUCAGGAAUCACUGUUACGCCUUCAACCUGCAAAGACUCCGACUGCAACAGGACGCACGCUCGUCCUGCCAGAAAGUGGGAGCAGAGCUUCUCUCCAUCUUGGACGAGACGGAGAACGCCUUCGUGUGGGAGCACAUCCAAAGCUCGGCCGAGCAGGCCCACGGAGCUUGGCUGGGAGUCACCGUCAAAGGUCGAGGGCUGGUAUGGAGCGAGGAGACGGAGAUGUCCUACACCAACUGGGAAGCUCACGACGUGGCCUUCUCAGUGCUCUCGCCCAACUCCUGCUUCUGGAUCCAAAGCAACAGUGGUCUUUGGAAGCCCGGAUCGUGCCGGAAUCGAACGCACGGCGUCAUCUGCAAGCGAGCGAGAAUUGUGGAGUCCCCCGCCGAGCUGCUGAGCGGCGAUCACCUGCCCACGCUGAUCGUGAUCCUAGUGACGGGCGUCGUGCUGGUCGUUUUGAUCGUGGGCGUCAUCUACCUGUACCGGCGGCGUGGCGGGGUGGGCGUGCGGGGGUCCUACGACGGCGCCCGCUACAGCCGCACGCACUCGGGCCGCGGCGAGCAGGUGGAGAAGAACAUCCUGGUGUCGGACAUGGAGCUGAACGAGCAGCCCGAGUAGAAGCGUCGGAACUUUUAUUUUGUCAAGCCAAAAAUUGAGAGAAAUCGAGAGAAAAAGAAUCCCCCUAAAACGUCAAAGGCUGUGUAGAGCGCAGCAGCAUCUCAGUUUAAAGGAGACAUAUUGUGCAUUUGCCUCAAGUGUGUCUGUGACAUGCUUUCCUCCAAAUAGUGUGCUUGAUUUCAUUCCUGAUUGGUGACUGAAAACUACUUUUCAUGAUAUGUCCCCUUUAAGUCUGGAAAUAAUUGAGGCAGAAUCGUCUCCGAGCUGCUUGCGCCAGCGCAGCCAAAUGGCCGUUUUCUUGCCGCCUCCCUCCCUACCGACACGUCGGCAUCCAAAGGAGGAGGAGCGGCCCGAAUUUCCAGUGACGUGACCUCCUGCUCUGCUCUUGCACUUUUCUUUGGCUUCCAGUGUUGCUGCUUUGUGUCUUUUGGCUCCCUUCUGCCUCCACCUGGAGAUGAGUCAGCAAUUUUCUCUUCUUCUUUCCAUGUGAGGCUUAGUUGUUUCACGCUUGCUUUGUUUUGGAACAUUCGCGUACGCUCCCAUGAGAGCAACCCUUUUGACUGCCAUACUCAAUUGGCAGUCAAUUGCAGCCCAUCAGGGGUCGGGGUUGUUCUGCUUGACGGAUAGGUUGUAGCUCAUUCAUACCGUACAUACAGAAUCACAUGCUUUUAUUUUGACAGUGCGCACUUGGCUCACAUUUGUUUCAAAAAUGGAAUAGACUUCUAGUGCCGUCAGUGGAUUAAAGCAACACUUUUUAACCUUAAUAAAAAAAAAAAAAAUCAUAACAUUUCUUAUACUAUGUCGACGGACAACUAGUUUAAUGACACCGCUUUCGUAUCUUGAGAGGGUCUGUAUUGCUUUCAGCAUCACUAAUUAACUUUGAGGUGUGUGGCGGAACCCUGCUUCACACAAAAAAAAAUACAAAUGUGCUGAUUGCCUUACGGCAUACGUUACUUCCCCAUUUGUUUUAAAAAUCGAAGUCGAUGCGAACAAUCAGCAGGGCCGAGAACAAAAAGUGGUAUUUGCUGUGUGGCAAAAUGGAUUUUUCCAUGUGGCAAAAUGGAUUUUUUUUUUGCCAUGUGGCAAAAUUGAUUCUGCCAUGUGGCACUUUUUUUGCAAUGUGGCAAAUUUUUUUUAUUUUUGCCAUGUGGCUAAAUUGAUUUUGGCAUGUGGCAUUUUUUUGCCAUGUGGGAUUUUUUUGCCAUUUGGCAAAAUUGAUUUUUUUUUUUUUGCCAUGUGGCUAAAUUGAUUAUGGCAUGUGGCAUUUUUUUUUUGCCAUGUGGCAAAAAAAUGCUUCAUGUCAUAAAAAUGCAACAUAGCAAAAUGUGGCAAAAAAAAAUGAUACAUGUAAAAAAAAUGGCACAUAGCAAAAUCCUUUUUGCCACAUGGCAAAAUCAAUUUUGCAACGUGGCAAAAAAAUGCCACAUGGCAAAAAAAUGCCAAAUGGAUUCUGCCAUGUGGCAUAUUUUUUGCCAUGUGGCAAAAUGGAUUUUGCCGCUACCUGUCAAAAAAUGCCACAUAGAAAAAUGUUGGAAAAAUGCUACAUGUAAAAAAAAAUACAACAUAGCAAAAUGUGGCAAAAAAUGCUACAUGUAAAAAAAAUGACACAUAGCAAAAUCCUUUUUGCUACAUGGCAAAAAAAUGCCACAAUGCAAAAUCCAUUUGCAACGUGGCAAAAAAAAUGGCACAUGGCAGAAUCAAUUUUGUGGCUUUUUUUUUUUUUUUUGACAUGUGGCAAAAUUGAUUCUGCCAUGUGGCAUUUUUUUUGCCAUGUGGCAAAAUGGAUUUUGCCGCUACAUGUCAAAAAAUGCCACAUAGCAAAAUCAAUUUUGCCGCGUGGCAAAAAAUGCCACACCCCUGACCCAUUUUCUUGCCUGCCCAUAAAUUCCUUGAAACCAAAAGGAAGUCGCCUGGAAAACAGGAAGUGGCCCGUACGUAUGCUACACUUACAAGGAGGAGACCCAAAAUGAGCUCUUUUGCUUCCACGGUCUACAAUAGACGUCCAAUUGACUUAAAUUGGGAUGACUGACUGUAAACUCUCAUAACCAGUUUGACACCUCUGGCUUAACUCAUUCAGUCCCACUGAGGAUGACGGGUGUCCAAAAGCCGUCAAUGGCACUGAAUGAGCUCAAGUCCUAGUUUUGAAAUCUUGUGAUUCUUUUGUUUCUUGGUUAUUAUCCUUCUCUUUUCUCGUUGCUUUUUUUUUUUUUUUUUUUUUGUCUUUCAAAGUAUUUGGAGACUUUCCUUGCUUCUUUCUGUUUGUUGUUUUUGGAACAUAGGAGGUCCCCCCUCUUGACACCAAUGUAAAUACCACAGUGUUGUUUUUACCCCCCAAAAAGCAGAUUUAGGAUUAUUUCCCCAUUUUCCCCCGCCUGCAGGAAUGCUUUUUGUGUGCUGUUGCUGCUGCAUGGAUUUGGACCGACAUGGAGAGGGGGAGGAGGAGAAGGUGUGUGUGUUUUGCGCUUGAGUGUAUGUGUGUGGUGGGUCUCCAGCUGUGGAAUGUUGAGUCGGCAAGAAGAGCCCAGUGGCACGUCUGGAACCAAUCAGAGAAGAGGACUAGGGGUGGGGGGUGUGGAGGAAAAAAGGGACAAAGAGAAGGUGAAGAAGGGCUCAAGCGUGGGGGAUGAAGGCGAAGGAGGUAGGAAGAGGUCGUUCUCCCUCUAGCGGCCGUUUGCUUUACUGCAGUUUCAUGAUGAGCCGUCAGUCAUGGCGUGUGUGUGAGUGUGGACUUGCGUGCGUGUGACAAUCUCCUUCAAUUAUGCCCCACGUUGUCGCUGUGAAUAUGACCGGAAGUCCCUUUAGGCAAAUAUGUUUUUAUAUGAAAUGAUGAAUAAAACGGUCUGUAUGUUCUCUGAACUUUUUGCUUACAUUAUUGAUUGAUUUUGGAAUGAUACUGUAUUGUAAUUAUUUUAGACGUAUCGGUCGGCUGUGGCGCAUUUGAUAGCUGAAAUGGUGGUUCGAUUCCCGACUUUGACUUCCUACUGUCCAAGUGCUCCUGGGCAAGGCACUUACCCAAGUGGGUGGAUAGCAGUGUGUCAAUAAGAGCUAAUGAAAAGCGUUUUGGGCACAAUCAAAACGUGUAGAUAAAUGCAAUACUCGUCACUUUAUAUUGCUUUUGAAUGUUUUUUAUUUAAAUUAAGCAAUUCAAAGGGGUUUCGGUUAUGACUCAUAAAAUACUUGCAAUGUUUGUGGUUUUCCGGCAG